AUGUUUGAAGUAACGUUUUUGCUGAUUUUACUUUCAUUAUUCUCUAGAAUUUAUAGUAAGACACAUGUUUUCAAUUGGACAGCUGCUUGGGGAUCUGCCGAUGUGGAUGGGUUGGGUGCAAGACCCGUUAUUACAUGUAACGGUGAAUUUCCCUGGCCCGACAUCAGAGUUGAUAAGGGUGACCGGCUUGAAAUUUAUUUGACUAACGGAUUGAAUGACUCUAGUACUAUGACUUCUUUACAUUUUCAUGGGUUACAUCAGGUCAAUACAAACCAAAUGGAUGGUCCUCCAAUGGUUACUACAUGUCCAAUCAGUCAAGGUGAUACCAUGUUAUUCAAUUUCACUGUUGACAGCAAUGUUGGGACAUACUGGUAUCAUUCUCAUACACUAGGCCAGUAUGAAGAUGGAUUUAGAGGUAUGUUUAUUAUUAAUGAUGGUGAAAAUAAUAAAAAUUACCCAUAUGAUUACGAUGAAGAAGUCGUUUUAUCCUUAGCUGAUUGGUAUAGUAAAACUGUAGACCAACUUCUACCCGAUUUUAUGAGUGUCUAUAAUCCAACUGGUGCUGAACCAAUCCCAAGAAACCUUUUGAUUAAUAAUACAAUGAAUUUGACUUGGUCAGUUAAACCAGAUACCGCUUACUUAUUAAGAAUCGGCAAUUUUGGUGGGUUUGUCUCCCAAUAUUUUUGGAUUGAAGAUCAUGAGAUGACCGUUGUUCAAAUUGAUGGUGAAUAUGUGAAACCUAACACAACUGAAAGGUUAUAUAUCACUGUGGGACAAAGAUAUUCCGUGUUAGUUCAUACAAAGAACUCAACAGAACGAAAUUAUGCCAUUAUGCAGAAGUUUGAUGACACAAUGUUAGAUACGAUUCCAUCAGAUCUAAGAUUGAAUUGUACCUCCUUUAUGAUGUAUAACGAUUCUUUGGCUAAACCAGACGAACAUAUUGUUGAUUCGUUAGACUUCUUAGAUGAUUUUUAUUUAGUACCAAUGAAUGAAACUGAGAUACUACCAGAUCCAGAUCAUCGGAUCACUUUGGAUGUUGUAAUGGACAACUUAAUUGAUGGUGUCAAUUAUGCCUUCUUUAAUAAUAUUACCUAUUUGCAACCGAAGGUACCAACAUUAAUGACCGCUUUAUCGGCUGGAGAUAAUGCCACAGAUGCUAUAGUUUAUGGUAGUAAUACAAACACAUUUGUUCUUGAAAAGGAUGAAAUCGUGGAGAUUGUUGUUAACAACCUUGAUACUGGUGUUCAUCCAUUCCAUUUACACGGUCAUGUGUUUCAAACUAUUGUUAGGGAUAGAACAUAUGAUUCAGAUGUAGGCGAAGAUCCACAUGCUUAUGAUCCGGAUGAUCACGCUCCUUUCCCCCAAUAUCCAAUGGCCCGAGACACCAUCUUCCUUAGACCACAAUCCAAUUUCGUUAUCAGAUUUAAAGCUAAUAACCCAGGUGUUUGGAUUUUCCAUUGUCAUAUCGAAUGGCAUCUUUUACAAGGGCUAGCUAUUGUUUUGGUAGAAGAUCCAUUAUCUAUUCAGGCUAGUUACUCACAGCAAAUUACCCAGAACCAUCUGGAGGUAUGUGCAAGAAGUAAUAUUUCUACUAAAGGUAAUGCUGCCGGUAAUACUGAAGACUUUUAUGACUUGAGAGGUGAAUCUGUUCAACCUAAAUUUAUUCCAAGUGGUUUUACAAAAAAAGGGAUUAUUGCAAUGACAUUUUCAUGUUUAGCAGGUGUUUUAGGUAUCGCUACCAUCGUUGUUUAUGGUAUGAUGGAUCUAGAUUCUAAACCUGUGUCUUUGGGUAUUGAUAGUGAAAAUACUAACAGUUUAGACUUUUUAAGUUUAAAAGGUGGUGAUGAAGCCAAACAAUUUGAUGACGAUGACUGGAAAAAAGAAGGUACGGAGAACCAAACCCAGGAAUCGGAAAAUCUACUUGAUAAGUUUGGUAAUAUGUUAAGAAAGAAAUACUAA